GCACGCGCUCCGAGCGGCUUGCACAUGCGCGAUUUUUCGUGUAAGAGAAGGAAAGGAAGGAGCACGCGCGCACCAGUAGUCAGUUCGCUCCCUCAUCAGCAUCUUCUGGUUAAAACGGGACGGCAUGGCGUCCACUUCUAAAUCUUUCUUGGCUGAUGCUGGCUAUGGGGAGCAGGAACUAGACGCUAACUCUGCCCUCAUGGAGUUGGAUAAAGGACUCCGAUCUGGUAAAAUAGGGGAACAGUGUGAAGCUGUUGUCCGUUUCCCCAGACUCUUUCAAAAAUAUCCAUUUCCAAUUCUGAUCAACUCUGCAUUUUUAAAACUAGCUGAUGUUUUCAGAGUUGGAAACAACUUCCUGCGGCUCUGUGUUCUGAAAGUUACUCAGCAGAGUGAAAAGCACUUGGAAAAGAUCUUGAAUGUAGAUGAAUUCGUGAAACGAGUUUUUUCUGUUAUUCACAGCAACGAUCCAGUUGCUCGAGCCAUCACUCUCAGGAUGUUAGGGAGUAUGGCAUCCAUAAUCCCAGAGAGGAAGAAUGCACAUCACAGUAUUCGCCAGAGCCUGGACUCACAUGACAAUGUUGAGGUUGAAGCAGCUAUAUUUGCUGCAGCUAACUUUUCUGCCCAAUCUAAAGAUUUUGCUGGAGGGAUAUGUAACAAAAUCAGUGAAAUGAUUCAAGGUUUAGCAACUCCUGUAGACUUGAAACUGAAGCUUAUCCCCAUCUUACAGCACAUGCAUCAUGAUGCCCGCUUGGCCUCUAGUGCCCGUCAGCUACUCCAGCAGUUGGUGACUUCCUAUCCUUCUACCAAGAUGGUCAUUGUUACUUUGCACACCUUUACCUUGCUUGCUGCAUCUUCUCUGGUUGACAUUCCCAAACAGAUUCAGCUCUUACUUCAAUAUUUGAAGAAUGACCCAAGAGAGGCUGUGAAAAGGCUAGCUAUCCAGGAUCUGAAGUUACUUGCAAAUAAAACUCCACAUACUUGGAAUAGAGAGAAUAUUCAGGCACUUUGUGAAUGUGCUCUUCAAACUCCCUAUGAUAGCUUGAAAUUAGGCAUGCUUUCUGUACUUUCCACACUCUUGGGGACAAUCGCCAUCAAACAGUAUUUCAGCAUUGCUCCAGGAGGUACGGUUGCUACGGCGAGGUCAUCAGACCUAGUGAAGCUGGCACAAGAGUCCUGUUACCACAAUAACCAGGGUAUUGCAGCUCACGGAGUGCGAAUUCUGACAAAUAUAGCUUCUUCCUGCCAGGAAACUGAUCUUUUGCCAUUGGAGCAAGAUGCAGUCUUUGGACUUGAAUCCCUCCUUGUUCUUUGUAGCCAAGAUGGCAGUCCAGGUGCCCAAGCAACUUUAAAGAUUGCUCUCACUUGCAUGGUGAAGCUGGCAAAGUGUCGUCCCCAUCUGAGCCAAUCUAUUGUGGAAUCGUUGUUGACACAGCUGCACAGCGCACAAGAUGCUGCCAGGAUUCUCAUGUGCCAUUGCCUGGCAGCCAUUGCCAUGCAAUUACCUGUCUUAGGAGAUGGAAUGCUGGGAGAUCUGAUGGACCUUUAUAAAGUGAUUGGCCGAUCUGCCUCUGAUAAGCAGCAAGAGCUGCUGGUCUCUCUUGCUACUGUGAUAUUUGUUGCCAGUCAAAAGACUUUAUCUUCUGAAGUUAAAACUGUUAUCAAGCAACAACUUGAAAAUGUCUCAAAUGGGUGGACAGCUUACAGGAUAGCCAGACAAGCUUCCAGAAUGGGUAAUCAUGGCAUGGCCAGAGAGCUCUAUCAAAGCUUGCUGACUCAAGUGGCUUCUGAGCACUUCUACUUCUGGCUGAACAGUUUGAAGGAGUUCUCCCAUGCGGAGCAGUGCCUAACGGGGCUGCAAGAGGAUGAUUGCAGUUCAGCACUUUCAUGCAUUGCUGAGUCUCUAAAAUCAUAUCACAAAGGAAUAGCAUCUUUAACGGCUGCCAGUACACCACUGAACCCUUUGAGCUUUCAAUGUGGGUUUGUCAAGCUCCGGAUUGACCUGCUGCAGGCUUUUUCUCAGCUCAUCUGCACUUGCAACAGCCUGAAGACCAGUCCCCCUCCUGCCAUUGCAACCACAAUUGCCAUGACCCCUGGCAGUGAUCUUCAGCGCUGUGGGCGAAUUUCCAAUCAGAUGAAACUCUCCAUGGAAGAAUUCAGGAACCUGGCCUCAAGAUAUGGAGAUCUCUAUCAGUCCUCUUUUGAUGCAGACUCAGCCACUCUGAGGAAUGUGGAACUACAACAGCAGAGUUGCCUGUUAAUAUCACAUGCAAUUGAAGCCCUGAUUUUAGAUCCUGAGUCUACAAGCUUUCAGGAAUAUGGCUCUGCUGGUGGGGCACAUGCCACAAGUGAAUAUGAAAGGAGAAUGAUGUGUGUGUUUAGUCAAGUGUUGGAGGAGGUGGAAUCACUUAACAGAAAAUAUGCACCUGUAUCUUACAUGCACACGGCUUGUCUAUGCAGUGCAGUCAUUGCCUUGCUGAAAGUUCCCCUGUCGUUUCAGAGGUACUUUUUCCAGAAGCUGCAGUCAACUAGCAUUAAGCUUGCCCUGUCACCAUCUCCACGUAACCCUGCAGAACCCAUCGUAGUUCAGAAUAACCAGCAACUGGCUUUAAAGGUUGAGGGCGUAGUCCAGCAUGGCUCCAAACCUGGCCUUUUCCGCAAAAUUCAGUCCAUCUGUUUAAAUGUAUCUUCAGUACUACAGAGCAAAUCUGGACAGGAGUACAAGAUACCCAUGGAAGGCCUGGCAAAUGAGAUGGAGCAAAUGGUUGAGCCUCACAAUGAUUACUUCAGCACACAGUUCCUCUUGAACUUUGCUGUUGUUGGCACCCACAGCAUCACUGUAGAGUCUUCUGUCAGAGACCUCAAUGGCAUCAUAUGGAAGACCGGGCCUAAAACCACUUUGUUUGUCAAGUCUCUUGAAGAUCCCUAUUCCCAGCAAAUUCGGCUGCAGCAGCAGCAGCAGCAGCAAGGACAGCAGCCACCACAGCAACCUCAACAGCCGCAGCCACAGCAACGGACUGCAUAUUCACGGUUUUAGCUUUCCUGAGUGCUCUUUUACCCUCAGGGGCCAGAGCUAGGCAUUCCUUGGGUGCUGCCACUUCCUACCUCUGUUUUUUUGCUACCAUUGUCUCUUUCAGGGUAGCCUUAGUGGAUUUUGCCCAACCAUUAUCAGCCGCAUUCACACAUGCCAAACACACCACGAUUAUGUCCUUGAAAGCAGCAGUUUUAGUGGCUUGUUUCAUCUUAUUUCAUUAGAUUCAUGUGAGCCUUGGUGUGUGAAAAGAAUUAAAUCCCUGCUGUGACAGCUUUCUGAUGGCUUUAUGGCACACACACCAGCUCAUGUCACCAUAAUUUGCCCCAGAUUAACUGCAGCCUGCCCCACAGUGAAACUAUUGGCCAUUAGCAUGAGGUCGGUCAUUCUAUAUUACCUGAUAAUGUGUUCCCUCAUCCCAAAGAAGUAUCAUGUGAACUGGCUCUUUGUGAAGACCCAUUGACGCAGAAUCUAGAAAGCCUAAAAUUGCCUCUCAUGCCCCCAUCUUGCAGCAGCCUCCCUUUGAAAAGGCAGUGAGUGAGCAAGUCUGUAACAAUGGUAUGUGCUGCAGACCAAAUUGCUCUUCUAAUUGACAGUGGAGAGCAAAUUCCAGUGCCACACUUGAACUUAUCAAACCACUUGAGUUUGUGUGUGUGUAUAAAAUAAUUCAUUCUGUUCCAAGGUAUUGUACAAUGCAUUUACAGUUGUAAAAGUUGGCAGAAAUGUUUAGAAAUCCUAAUUGGGUUGAUCAGUUUGAUUUUUACCAGACUAGAAAAAGAUUAGGGUAUAAUUCCCAUUAUGAAGUUGCAAUCUUUCUGCUUCUGGAUGCCUGGGCUCUUCUCUUUUGUUAGUUACUUCUAUAUAUAUAACAAUGCUGAAGGGAUGCCAGCUGGGAAAUUGAAGAAUACCUAUACCUUGCUUAAGGAAAAGACGUUUCACUUGUAGGGGGUAUUUUUCUCCUCAAAAGAGCAGAAAUGAAUAAUUGCCUAUGGGAAGGAAGAUGUGGAUACACACUGGAAACUCCAGUGUCCAGGGAAUAUUUGUUGAGAACAGUCCAUGGUUGUAAGAAGUAGCAAUUUAUGCUAAAUAGUGAUAUAACAAAAGCAGAUGUACUCAGUGCAUUUGUACAGGGAAUGAUUUGUUGCCCUGUUUUUAAUGUGAAAAGUAGAUCACUGGAAGGAGAGUACAUAAAUAGUGCCUGAACCCUGUCAUUUCAGUAUAUACUUCAUUGAGAUUUGAGUAAGAUCCUCUACCAAAGAUCCUUCAAGAGUCUUGAAAAGAAGGAAUUUCCUAUUUUUACAUUUGUCACAUGAUCUCUAAAAAAAAUAUCCUGUUCAUUCCCAUUGAAGUCAAUGGUUCUGACUUGUUUCAGUGGGCAUAUACUUUAGGUGGUUGGUGAACUGUGAUAGAAUGGAAGAAGUUGCAUUUUAUUUUGUCAGUUUUCAACGUGUCAGUGACUGCUGUUUUCAGAUGCCAGUAGCCUAAAGGUAAAGCCAUACAGUUGUGGUUUUUUCACUGAAAUGCUUUUGGUAUCUUAGUGGAUUGGUUAAGAGGGCAGUUGCAAGAUUUGGGGGGUUUUAUAUUGGAAACACUGAUUUGAUGCCCUUUAUUUGUAAUGCCCACAGCCUUACUUGUUAUGUGCUGAAUAGAUUGUUGUCACACAGGUUGAGGGGGUUUAGGGCUAUGCCCCCUCAAACCUGAGAGGGAAGGGAGAACAGAUAAAAAUUUACAGUUGAACCUUUUCUUUAAGGGAAUUAGGGUUCUUAUGGUCUGGUAGGCUUUAAAAUAGUUGCCAGUCUACAGAACACUGAAUCAUGUUUAACAAAAUAGAAAUAAUUUUAUUUACAAAGGGUAAGGGAUAAAACAUAAAAGGACAAUAAAACAAAUACAGAAUAUGACAGUGCACAAAGAUGAGGAACAUACAAAACAAAAAAGACUGGCAGCUAGCCAGACUAACUCCUACACUUUAAGCUGUAUAGUUGUCUCAAAGCUGCUUGCCCCAUGCAGUUCCUUGCUUCAUUUCAGAUAUACUGAUAAGCGCUUUCCAUUAACCUUCUAUUGAAGGAACUCAGCCUGUUGCUUUGUUGGAAUCCUUUAGCAGAACGUCCAGCCCUUUGCUUAUUCUUCCAGCGUACAGGUACAACUUCCAAGCUGCAAAACAAAAUGCUUCUAAUGCAGACGUCAGCUUUCUCACCCUGAGUCUCUGCCCAUUUGAAUGUUCCUUCGUCAGGCACUCCUCCACAUAGUCAAUCACAACUUCACCUCCUUGUCAAGAUGAUGCUUUCUUUUUGUGUAGCCUCUGACCUAACUAUAUCCUGGCUGUUGCCAUUAGGAAGUUUAAUCAGGCAGCCAAUCCAGAAUAAGGUCUAAUAAGGCUGUCACAUCAUUUACUCCUAGAUUGCCAGCUGUCAAAGCUUAGAUUAUCUACUGUCAAGUUCCUGGUAGUACAGGUGAGACUAAUUAUCCUUCUGAUUAGCUAGAUAAGUGGCUUCUGCCAAGACACGUAAAAGAUAAACAUCCUUACAAUACUUAGGACAUGAGGAUGAUUAACACAAAUACUUACUGUAUACAAAGAAUUUCUUGACAACUGUGCAUCUGAUUUUUGUGCUGCUUACUGACAAAACUGGGAAAUUAAAGUUGAAAAAUUGAACCUAA